UCUCUCCGCCUCUCUUCUUCAUCUCCCCGCCUCCAAAACCCUAACCCUCGCUCAGCCUCAGCCCCCCCAGCCAUGCCUCCCAAGUUCGACCCCUCCCAGGUCGUCGAGGUCUACGUCCGCGUCACCGGAGGCGAGGUCGGUGCCGCCAGUUCCCUCGCUCCCAAGAUCGGCCCCCUCGGUCUCUCCCCCAAGAAGAUCGGAGAGGACAUCGCCAAGGAGACCGCCAAGGACUGGAAGGGCCUCCGCGUCACCGUCAAGCUCACCGUCCAGAACCGUCAGGCCAAGGUCUCCGUCGUCCCGUCCGCCGCUGCUCUCGUCAUCAAGGCCCUCAAGGAGCCCGAGCGCGACCGCAAGAAGAGCAAGAACAUUAAGCACAACGGCAACAUCAGCCUGGAUGACGUCAUCGAGAUUGCGAAGAUCAUGAAGAGCAGGUCGAUGGCUAAGGACUUGAGUGGGACUGUGAAGGAGAUACUGGGGACUUGUGUCUCGGUUGGGUGCACUGUGGACGGGAAGGACCCUAAGGAUUUACAGCAGGAGAUUACUGAUGGAGAUGUCGAGGUUCCGCUGGACUGAGCCAGUGAGGGCAGUUUUGGUAUUUAUAAUCUAAUCUUUGUUUGGUAUUGUUAUUGUGGUUUGUUUUUUAUGGUCCCAGGUGAUGAAUUCUAUGAGACGUAUUGAAUCUAAUGGGAAAUGUAGCUGUUUAGAAUGGAAUGUUUCGGUUUCGAUGGAAAUUGAUGUUGGGACAGUAAAUUUUUCAUGUUUAAUCUGAAAUGCAUUCGCUUA